AUGCACGAUCAUAAGGCGAACGACACCAAAAAACCCGAGGAGGGAAAUUGGUCGGAGAGACCUCCUGACACCAUGCGGGUGAUUGGCCCAGGAGGAGCGAUCAUUCGAGCCGCAACAGCCAAGCAGGCCCGCUCCACAGGACCGGAGAAGACUGGGAAGUUGUGGGGAUCCCCCUAUGACGACGAUGAUAUCUUCUUUCUUCUCGUCGGGCCGUCUUUGCAGGGUCCCCAGCGCCUUGCGUGCGAAUCAGCGUGCCGGACGCUGCAGUGGACGCAGUGGACUGGCGCUAGAAGCCUGACAAGAACCUUCGAUGACUUCCAUCCCUUUUCUAGCGUCUUUCUGGCCAGGAUCCGCAUCACUUCCUGGCCGGUUCACCGCCAAUCACCGGUGCCCCGACCGGGGGGGCUGUGUGGUGACUCUGGCAUCCUGGUCCGAGUCUCGAUGCGACCGUCCCUUUGCCGUGGGUUUUGGCUCUGGAUCGGAGCCCAUCCGCAGCUCUAG